GAGGGGACAGAGAGAACGAGAGAGCGAUAGGGAGAGAGAGAGAGAGAGAAAGAGGGAGGGAGGGAGGAAGGAAGGAAGGAAAGGAGCGAAGGAAGAAAGAGUAGAACAUAGCUGUAGACGUAAUUAGUUAUCGCCCUGCUGUUUGGCGCCAACGUGCCGGAGGGAUAAAAGCGGGAUAAACGUAGCAUGCGAGCUAAUAUCGAUUAUUUAUAUUCCGCUGCUAUGUUAAGCUAGCCGAGGCAGCUAACGCUUAGUUGUGGUACAGUAGGCUAGCGUGCUCAUUAGCGUGUUAUUAUUAUUUCGGUGCAUCAAACGGUAGCUGCCUGAGGACGCUGGUUUUCUAGCUUCCUAAUAUAUUUGUUAACGUAUUAACAAUUAACCUUCUUCGAGGUGAACGUUUACCAGCGACAAAAUGGGGAGAAAGUCAAAUAGAGCGAAGGAGAAGAAGCAGAGGAGGCUUGAAGAAAGGGCAGCUAUGGAUGCUGUGUGCGCUAAAGUGGUUGCAGCCAAUAAGCUCGAAGACCCUCUGUCGGCUUUUCCAGUGUUCAAAAAGUAUGACAGAAACGGGUUAAAUCUGGAGAUUGAGUGCAAGAGGGUGACUGCGUUGUCUCCCAUCACAGUGGAGUGGGCCUAUGAGCUGACCAGAGCCAACGUACAGACACUAUAUGAACAGAGCGAGUGGGGAUGGAAGGAGAGGGAGAAAAGGGAGGAGAUGAAGGAUGAGAGAGCGUGGUAUCUUCUGGCCCGUGAUGCCGAAUCCGCCCCUGUUGCUUUCUCUCAUUUUCGAUUCGAUGUUGAAUGUGGUGACGAGGUGUUAUAUUGUUACGAACUGCAGUUGGAGAGCAAGGUCAGGCGGAAAGGUCUGGGAAAGUUCCUCGUCCAGAUCCUGCAGCUCAUCGCCAACAGUACACAGAUGAAAAAGGUCAUGUUGACGGUUUUCAAACACAACCAUGGAGCCUACCAGUUUUUUCGGGAGGCCUUACAAUUUGAGAUUGACGAAACCUCGCCCAGCAUGUCUGGUUGCUGUGGAGAUGAGUACUCGUACGAGAUUUUGAGUCGACGGACAAAAUAUGGCGAGGUGUCAGGUCAUGCGCAUGCUGGCAGCCACUGUGGAGGCUGUUGCCACUAGGUGCUGAUCUCGCUGUUCUGUUACGCGAACACUCCUCUUCUGAACCUCUUGUCAACAAUCAUGUUUGCCCUACGUUACCCCCAUAUUACAUCCCCCUAAGCCUAGUUCAGUCACGCAGUAUAGCCAAAAAGAACACGAAAUGAACAGGAGCCAGUCAGAGUGCCACUGAUAUCUUUCAGUAACUGGCAUUUUACAGAGUGUUUAGAGUGAGAGAUCUUGCAGUAGAUUACAGUUCAUAAGUGACUCGUAUAAGAGGAACAUCAUAUAUAACGUGAAAUAUGGUUUGGAUAGCAAAUCUCUUGAUUGUUUAGUCAUGUGUAAUGAUGAGGGUGAAGUAGGUGACUGGAAAUUUGUAAUGAAAGUGCAAAGCGCAUUAUCCUUCAAUUACAAGUUUGAAGCACACAAUGAUUUUGUCUUGUAUACAUCCAAAUUAGAUCAUCAUGUUGGGGAUCGCAGCAGAUUUAAAGCUUUAUUUAGAAAAUGUUUGGGUUUAAACAUCAUGAAAGGUUAUCCUAUCAUUAAGUAUUCUGAGUUCAUAUAAGACCAAUUAGUGAUUUUGCAAGCUUUUGUUAUUUUCUACCUCUGUGUUGGGUGUGUUUUUUUUUUUUUUAGUUUUCACUGAAUUCAUCUGAAAGAGUUACUCUGCAGGCUUUAUAGUUAAAAAUGAGAAGCCAUGUGGCUUUUGAGGUAUGUGUGUGUUAAAUGGUGCUCAUAUUGACAGUGUAAAGGUGAUUCAUUUUAAAGCUAAAGCUGUGAAGCGGUGACUGAACUAGGCCUUAGAUUAAUCUCCCAUCUAUGAAGGUCCUCCUUGUUGCUUACUAUUUUUAACUUAAUAGCUGCCCAUGACUUGAAGAAAAAUAAAUAUAUUCCCUUUCCAGCUUCAUGAAUCUUUGAAUAACAGAGAUGGCAGUAAUGCUCAUGUGACAGCUCUGUGUAGUGAACUUUACCUCUCACCUCAGGAACCAGCAUGGUGAGUAGUACAUCUACACAUCCCAUGAUGAUAAUCACAACAAACGUCAAGGCUGGACCUGAUGCGUUUAGCCUACAAUUCUCUCUCUCCCAAGCUGCUGAUCAUUAUAGUGAGUUCAAGGGCAUGGCACACUGGCUGUUACUGCCAUUUUCUUUCUAUUGCUCUGUCAGGGUACUUGUACAUACAUUUUAACAAAAUACAAGGGGCUUACCUAAGUGUUGUAUUUCUUUAAGUAACUGAAUACAAUGAAUGGCUUUGUAUUCUUUAUAAUCACUCAAACUGGUCAGUCUCAGGUCAUUCAACUAAGUAAAACCUAUAUCAAAUAUUUUAUAACAGUUAUCCCUAUCUAAUUGAUGAAGGGGCUGAUGCUUAUUGCAACACACCCUUAGUUUAGAAAAGUACUGUCCUUUUUUUAAGUAUCACAGCCUUCUUUUAUCAUCUCAAAACAUGAUUUUUUUUUUCUUAACUGUAUAUAAUCUGUUUGCCAUUUUCAUUUUAUUUGCCUUCACAAAGGUCUUUGGGGAGAAAUUACAUUGAGACAAUUUAAAAGUGAUGUUUGAUAAAUGAGUAUUCCUGUCUCAUGCUUUGUUGUUGAUGCAGAAAGGGAAAUUAUUUCAGCUUUUGGUGUUUUAUUUGUAUGCAACAAAUAAACUUGUUUGGCUCAAAA